UCUUCCCGGAAAAAUCCACCCCUUACUUUCCUUCACUUUCCCAGUAACCAAAAACAGAGAUGGAAACUCAGCAAGACGAUGAAGAAUUCAUUUUCCGUUCCAAACUGCCCGACAUUUACAUCCCAUCCCACCUACCAUUGCACGGUUACUGCUUCCAGAACUUGUCACUAUUCAAAGACCGUCCCUGCCUUAUCAACGGCAACACCGGCGAGAUCUUCACCUACGCAGAUGUCGAACACACCGCCCGGAAAGUCGCCGCCGGUCUCAACAACCUCGGCAUCCAACAGGGCCACGUCAUCAUGCUCCUCCUCCAGAACUGUCCCCAAUUCGUCUUCGCCUUCCUCGGCGCCUCCUACCUCGGCGCCACCAUCACGACGGCCAACCCAUUUUACACCCCGGCCGAGGUCGCCAAGCAAGCCACAGCUUCCCAAGCCAAGCUCAUCAUAACACAAUCAUCCUUCGUCGACAAGGUUAAGGAUUUAGAGACAAAGAGUGGCAUCAAAGUGAUGAGUAUCGACGAGACGACUGAUUUUCUCCGCUUCUCGGAUUUAACGAACGCCGACGAAGGGGGGCUCCCGCCACUGAAUAUCCCCGCAGACGACGUCGUUGCGCUUCCUUAUUCAUCAGGCACCACAGGGCUUCCUAAAGGGGUUAUGCUCACCCACAGAAAUCUAGUAACAAGCGUGGCUCAACAGGUUGAUGGAGAGAACCCUAAUCUGUAUUUUAAAAGCGACGAUGUGAUUGUGUGCGUUUUGCCUCUGUUUCACAUUUACGGGUUGAACUCUGUGUUGCUGUGUGGGCUUCGAGUCGGUGCUGCGAUUUUGAUCGUACAGAAGUUUGAGAUGGGGACGUUACUGGAGCUGAUCCAGAAACACCGAGUGAGCAUUGCGCCAUUUGUGCCACCCAUAGUGUUGGCUCUGGCUAAGAGCCCCGACCUGCAUCGAUACGACCUGUCGUCUGUCAGGUUGAUCUUGUCUGGUGCGGCUCCCCUGGGAAAAGAGCUCGAAGAUGCUGUGAGGGAGAAGCUUCCCCAAGCCAUACUCGGACAGGGUUAUGGAAUGACGGAGGCAGGGCCAGUGCUGUCAAUGAGCUUAGCGUUUGCGAAAGAGGCGUAUGGGGUAAAAUCAGGUGCGUGCGGGACCGUCGUAAGAAACGCCGAGAUGAAGAUCGUCGACCUUAACUCCGGCGCAUCCCUUGGCCGCAACCAACCCGGUGAGAUUUGCGUCAGAGGACAUCAGAUCAUGAAAGGUUACAUAAACGAUCCAGAGGCAACGAAGAGAACAAUAGACGAAAAGGGAUGGCUGCACACAGGUGAUAUUGGUUACAUAGACGAUGAUGAGGAGCUGUUCAUUGUGGAUCGCUUAAAGGAACUCAUCAAAUACAAAGGCUUCCAAGUUGCUCCUGCCGAGCUUGAGGCUCUCCUCAUUUCUCAUCCUUCCAUUUCUGAUGCUGCCGUUGUUCCGAUGAAAGAUGAAGCUGCAGGAGAAGUUCCAGUUGCUUUUGUCGUUGCAUCAAAUGGUUCUAAGGUCUCCGAAGAUGAAAUCAAGCAUUACAUCUCCAAACAGGUUGUAUUUUACAAGAGAAUCAAUAGGGUCAUCUUCGUAAACUCGAUUCCAAAGGCCCCCAGUGGCAAGAUAUUGCGCAAAGACCUAAGAGCAAGACUCAUACCAAGUUAGGCCUGUUAGGUCCAAAUCCCAGCCCACACAAAUAUGGGCCCAAAUGACCCGGCCUGGUAUGUUACGGGGUGUAGUGUUGUUGUUGUACUUGUUGUUAUGAUGGUGAUGAUGAUGCGUGUAAAUGUGGAAUGUGAGAGGAAAACUCAUCCAAGGUGUCACACUUAAUUUACUCAUAAAUUAUUGUAUAAUUGGAGUGACUAUAAAUAAAUGCAAUAUUUUGACCAA